CCCCUCAGUUUCAACUGGCAACUUGAUUCAAUGUUGUUAAAUUGGCACUGCAGAGUUAUUAUGAAAGAAAAUUAACUUCCGGAACAUGGUUCUCUUCUCGCUUAAAUCGGCUACAUUGAAGGAUUUUAUUGGAUAUUCACAUUUUAAAAUUAAAAAUUACCUCACUUAGAAAUUAAAGAAAUGGAUGAGUCUGAUCAAGAGAUGAGUGAAGAAAUGGACAGUGACAAUGAUGCCUGGUCAGGGGCAAUGCCUGGACCAGAUGAAAGAACUGAGCAGUGCAAAGUGGGCAAAGAAACACUGCAGCUACCAGAGCUUUUCUUGGAGAAGAGACACAUUUUAAUGUCAGUGCUGUCAACAGAUACCUGGGACACAGUUUUAACAGAUGACCAAAAACAAAGGCUAGAGCAAUUACUGCCGUCGUUUCCAAGCAAUGAUGGAGAAGAAAAACGGGAAACAAUAAGGCGACUAUUUAAUGGUGAAAAUUUUAAAUUUGGAAAUCCAGUAGAAGAUUUGCAGAGGAAAUUGAGAGAAGGCUAUUUACAUCCUGAGAUAGCUAGGUACAGAAAACAGACGCGUCUGUUUCGUUACAGAGACUAUAAAAUGAGACAGCAGCGUCAUUUAUCAGAUCUUUUAAAACAUUUGUUGCUAGCCAGACAGGGUCUUUUUGAGCAUGCUUCAACUCUAGCACCAGGAGAACCAAUAAAAUUUCAGUAUAUACCACCACCAAAAAAGAAAGCCUCACCAUUAGAGCAAACAGUCAAGAAAAAAACAUCUAGAAUUCUCAAAGAGGUGCGAGAGGAGUGUGGAGUGCCAGACACCUCGUCGGAAGAAGAUGAUGAAACCUCAAGUCCUGUACAGAGGAGCAGAAGGCAACUUUUCAAGUCUCUGGGCCCCAUUCCUUCCCCAGAGCCCACACUCCCAAGUGUCGUUUCCACUUUUGCUAGCAAGCCAUCUUUAGUGAAUGGAGAUCUAAAUACUCUUAAUCACAUUUCUAGCGACAGUCCAGUCCAUAAUUUAAACAAUAAGAGAGCUCGUCCGAUUAGUCCUGUAGAGGUGACUGAAGAAAGAUACAAACUCAUGCUGAAGUUACAUAAAAAGAAGAAAGUGUUGGAUCCAGAGUUGCCAGAACUGGAUACAAGUAGUGUUACAUUGCAAGAUAUUUUGUCUAGGUGUCAAGCUAAUAAGAAAAAUGUGAAAAUGACAGCAGGUGAGAUAGACAGAGACACACCUACCAGCUCUGCAGACACCACAACAGGUAACCCAGCCACGAUGAAGAAACGACUCAAGCUUAAAGCCAAGGGAGAAAAAAAGAAGAAGCUGAAGGUGAAAGAUUUACCAGCUGCUUCUGUGGAAGAAGAAGAUGCUGUCAUGCCGCCCCUGCUAUCCACUUCUGAGCUGGAUCAGAGUUCCAACUUCUUGGGUGUUGAUGAAGAGUCAGAAGAGAUUUCCAAGACAGUAUUUGGACCUGCUUCUAAUUUCUUCUGUUUACUAAAAAGCAUUUUGUCUGAAUUUCCAGAUAGUAAAUGCUCAACCCCAAAAAUAGAAGAUAGAGUGAGAGAAUGGCUGGACCUUAAUGAUGAAAUCUCUAACCCAUGGUUAGCACUACAGAAAAGUUGGGUGGACCAUGUUGUAUCUGCUCUGAAGUUUCUGUCUGGAAGUGAACUAGGCUUGAAGGUGGAAAACUUUGUGCCAUUAGUGGAUUACAAGGAGCGGGCUCAGCAGUGGAAAUGGAUUGGCAUUGGUCGUGACUCAGAUCCUGAACUAUCCUCAUUGUUUCGCUACUGGUUACAACACAAGGAUGAUGUCACUGUGGAUGGUGUUGAUUCUACCCAAGGCUCACCACCACCACCCAAGGCUAAGACCAGUUUUAUAGUUAGGCCCACCUCCAACAAUGAAAAAGCUUUGUUUAGAGAACAAGAGCGACGUAGAUUUGCAGCACCACAUAAAGCAUUCACAUUUAUGAUGCACGGCUAUGACUCUGUGGUUGGCCCUGUGAAAGGAGUCUAUGAUAAAGACAGUGGGGCCAACAAAGCCAGGGAACACAAUUUACUGGUUUCUGACAGACCUCCAUUUGUGACAAUAUUAACAUUAGUUCGUGAUGCUGCAGCAAGAUUACCAAAUGGUGAAGGUACUCGAGGUGAUAUAUGUGAACUUCUCAAGGACUCACAGUUCCUUGCACCAGGUGUAACAGAAACACAGAUCAAUGCAGUUGUUAGUGGUGCUCUAGACAGGCUACAUUCUGAAAAAGAUCCCUGUGUAAAGUAUGAUGUCACUAGAAAAUUGUGGAUCUAUUUACAUCGCAAUAGAACGGAAGAUGAAUUUGAGAGGAUUCAUCAGGCCCAAGCUGCUGCUGUCAAGGCAAAGAAGACAUUGACAAGGCCUAAAGCUGGCAAAGUGGCCAAAGAAUUGAGUUUACAAAUUACUCCUGUUGCUCCUGUAGCUUCAGCGGUUACAACCCCAACCAAACAGAAUUUUACAUUAUCGACACUGCCUACAACUACAGCUGCUACACCGGUAGCUGCUGCUAAAACUCCCACCACUGAAUCAACACCUAGUUCCUUACUGGGGAAAGGAGCCAAGCAAGCAACAUCUCUUGUACGUCUAGCUGGCAACAAUUCUACAAGCAUUACUCUCAGCUCUAGUAUAGCCCAGCUUCAAGCAGCAAGAGCUGCUAUGGCAAAAUCUGCAAACACAGUGAGCCAGCUGCAAACAAUUAAGCAGCUCACCGCUGCUCAGAAUCUGAAAACCACACUUCCCUCGGCCACUACCACAUCAGUUGUGACGACCUCUGUUCUGACGGUGACGUCGGUGGGUUUAAGUGUAAACUCAUCUCUGGCAGCACAGCUUUUAUACUCUCCUGGGUUGACCCAGGCCAGCAUGGUGGCUGGGAAACUACACAAACCUGGCAUGUUGCCAACAAGCACUGCCACUACUUUCAGCUUAGUGACUACCAUGAAUGCAUCGCAGUCUGUGGGUAACACAGGCAAAACCCUUGCUGUACCCACAAUCAGUAUGCUGCAGAAUCAGCAGAUUCUCAAGCAACAGCAGGCGGCAUCGCAGAGUGUUCUCAAACAAAAUGCUGCCCUUGUUGCAGCUGUAGGACAGACAGUAGCUGCUGCCACCGCAAACUCUAACACUGUGGGGAAGCUGACACCAGCUGGCCCCAAGCAGACUUUUACAAUGACAGCCAGACAGACCCCUCCUCCCAAUGUUGUAGUCACAAAGAACCAGGCAGCAGUAAAUUCUCUUAAGUCUACAGGCAUGAAGCAAGCAUCUCUGAUAUUGGCUCAAGAUGGUUUAGGGAAUCUGACACAAGGUCCUGCUGGUAAACUUGUAGCAUUGACCUCUGUCCCAGGCGCCAUGAGUGCUGAUGGCACUGUAAUGGCCCAAAUAAUGCAGCAGGCUGCAACAAAUCCAGGUACUCCAAGAGGAGUUUCUCAAUCUAUAAGACUGCAUGGAGGCAGUCUUGUUCAAUCUGUGAUAGGCGGUAAGCCAGUACAAAUCAGUGGUAAACCUUUUGCACAAGCAAAGGGACUGAUUCAGCUAGCAGGCAAAGGGGGACAACCCAUAGGACUUAUCAGAGCCCCACAAGGCUCAUUAUCAACAAUCAAUCUUAUACCCCAUUCAGCUGUGACUUCUGCCUUAUCUUCUGCCCCUGGAAAGACGGCAACUGUUCUUACUGUAGGCAACUCAUCAUCACCCUCAUCACUUUCAAGUCCAAGUAUAACCACUGCAACACCCACCGCUACAGCUGUCAUUGCUGGUGCUUCAAAAGGUGCUGUGUCCAGUACACAGGCCAAAAUGUUAAACCCACCACAAGCUGGUCUUAUGGUGACACAGUUAGCCCAAGGAAAUAUUACAUUAAGAGCUGCUGGAACAGGUAACAAUCAGACUAAAGUAAUUCCAACAGGAACUGCUAGUCUAGUACCCACACAGUUUAUACUUCAUCAUGCUCCAGGAGUCAGCCAGGCCUCUUCUGGUUCUCUUAUAGUAAGUAAUGCAGCCCCAGGUGUUAAAGGAGGUCAGAAUCUUCAGAUGGUGAGAACAGUUUUGUCACAGAGUAAUUUAAAACCUGGACAAGCAACCAUACUCAUCUCACAGCCAGCUCUACCUCAGGGAGUUGUCACUUCUGCCACUGGUCUUACUGCAGGACAGGUUGUUCAACAAAGCAGUAAAACAUCUGGUCGAGGAUCUCCUAAAGGCAAGCCAGUGUAUGCACGCAUCAUCACACCACCACCUGGCAUGAAAUUGCCCAACCUUGGUCAAGUGCCAGUCAGUGGGGGCAAUGUAAAUAUGUUACAGACUGUCCUGGUUACAUCAGCCCUUCUUAACCCCUCAACAGUGGUAACCCCUAGAGAAGAGACAUUGACUUUGGAUAAACUAAAACAAGAUGGAUCUGGGGAUAGUUGAUAGUGUUAUGCAGUGCAGAACAGCAGAACAAAAUUUAUACAAAGCAUUCUGUGAAUAUUUCAUCCAUUGGAUUAAUUCCUUGAGCUCAGCUUGUUAUAUAUAGACCUGUCGGUUUCGCAGAUUGACCUAACAUGAACUAUAUCAGUGUCUUGGAUGGACCUGUGCCCAAGUGAAUGUUUACUUGAAAUAGUAAUACAUACCUUAUCUUUGUUCAUGUUAUUUGUUCAACUUUGGAUUAACUAUUAUGUGAUCCAUUUGUUAUUUUAUAUGUGUAUAAUUUUUUUUUUUAAAGUUUAAUUCAACUUUUAUUAAGUGAUCUACUAAGUCACACAAUAAUUUCCACUCAAUAAAUAAGUCUAAAGGGUGAUUAGGAUAUUUUUCCUGUUCAGUCAGUCAAUGACAUCUAGAUGACUAGGCUGUUAUAAUUUAUAUAGAGGCAAACCUUCUGAUAUCUUGAGGUUCAUGUAGAGCCUUUCACUUACUCCAUAAUAGACUUACAUCAAUUCUAUUUUAUCACACCAGCUUGCUAGAGCCAAAGUCAUCUGGUGGCCACAGAAGCAAAGGACCAGGGUUAUUCCUGUGUCUGUAUUUCACUGUCUGUAACAAGCAGCAGGAGAAAUGUGUUUCAUCCCCAAUACUGCAAUGUUGUGAAGUAGCAUUCUGGUAGCCCUGUUUUUCCAGACCUUGUUAAUCAGAAUAAUUCUCAAAUUUUGCUACACAUAAUCCCCUUAGUGGAAGGCUUUAAAAAAAAGGCUGCAACUUUGUAUCAUUUUCAAUAUUAGUUGUAGAUUAUUGGUAUUGUAAAUUUAAUAAGACCCAAUUUUGUCAAAUACAUUUUUUAUUGCUCGGAUGUAUAUAUGUUUAAUAGGAAAUUAAAGUAAUGAAUAAACAUAUCUUUUAUUUUAAAGUAAUGGUGUCAGAAUCAAAUUUCAUUGCUUUACACAAAAGUAUGAACUUUUAUUUUUACAUAGUUUCUGGUCUUGUGUUUAUAGCCUAAAAAGUUAAAGUGAUUUUAAUAUGAAUUUAUGAUAAGUUGAGCUAUAAAUUAUUUUAAAACAGCUCUUUCCUUGGCUACAACAAAAUGGCUUCAAGCCUGAUUUUUGUGUCUUUCAUCUUAUUUCAGUGAUAAUUUAACAUCAACAGUUAGUAUUACUAAGCUACAAAAACCAAGUGCUUUUAGAAUAGGUUCCGCUCUGGUACUAGAAAAACAUUGGCAAAUUAGGCCUUCAUCUAGUUAAGAAGUGCAUGAAAACAGGUUUUGAAUAAGACUGCUUAUUGUACUUCCUGAAAUCAUUGACACUUUGACUAAAUCUAGAUAACAUAAACAAACAAAAGUUGAUUUUAAACUGGUUGAUCAAAGUAUUUCUGUUGUUGUUAAAGUCUCUUAACACAUUCUAAAUGUUAACGACUUCCCCCCCCCCCCCCCAUUUAAAUAAUUGCACUAAAGCAACCAUGUCAAAAACAUUUUUGAUAUCACUAUUUUAGCUUUAUGUGGUGUUAUUUCAUGGCAUAUGUUUUCAUGGAUCUGAGAGAAUUGUACUCAAUUAUAGAUUCUAUUUUUGUUUAGAAAUUUAAAAAGUUAUCUCUUAAAACAAAAAAAUAUUUAUUUUCAUAUUUUCUUCAAAUUUUUUUUUUUUUAAGAAUUCAAUUUGGAUCAUGAUAGUUUUCAGUAAAUCUUAAUUUGUAUUUGAAAUAAAUUUGUGUCAAUUUUGGUCAAGUUGUGACUUUUUAAUGGGUCCAGAUAGGUCAUAAUUGAAAGACAUUCUUGUGAAAAUAUUUGUCUCAAUCAUGAUCAUGAAUUGAUUUUGUUUAGAAUGUCAUCUCUGUAUACUUGCCACCAUAAGUAGUGUCAGAGACUGAGUGCAUUUUAUUGUUGUUCAUUCCAUUGAUGAAGUGUACAUUUAGUCUCUAAAUGAUCCUGCCUCCUGCACUCAUGUGAUAGAGCUUGUCAUUGAGGCACAACUUUUUCUUGAGUGCCCAGAGGUGUGACAUUUGUAUCAAUAGCAUUGUAAUCAAUAGUGUGCCAAUUAAUGUACAUACUUAGUAUUGUUAGAAACAUGCAGCCUGUUUAUGAAUUAUAUAUAAAUAUAUAUCUAUAUCUAUAUGAAACAUUUUGUUCCAAUGUUUGCUUUGAAUCUUCACUUGGAAGACAAUAAAAUAUUGAAUGUAUGAGUCAA